AUGGCGGCGGUACUGCCAAGACGGAGCAGCCGCUCGGCUUAAUCGAUCAUUUUCUCUAAAUCAGGGGGGCACAUCGGAUUCAAACCGACCAAAUCGCUCGGCACAACUGUGUUAAAUCACCCGCAGCCUGCGAUAUCCAACGUGAGAUCCUGUCGCGUUAAACCCGGUGUUUUUUUCACGGAAAUGCUCUUACUCUAGUUUGUGUCUCGUCCAUUAGCUGUUUUGGGGAGAAUGGGAGAAAAGCUGGAGUUAAAACUGAAGUCGCCGGUCGGAGCCGAAGCGGCAGGCUAUCCGUGGCCCUUACCUGUAUAUGAUAAACAUCAUGAUGCUGCACAUGAAAUCAUCGAAACUAUUCGCUGGGUGUGUGAAGAGAUCCCAGAUCUUAAGCUGGCCAUGGAGAACUAUGUUCUUAUCGACUACGACACCAAGAGCUUUGAGAGUAUGCAGAGACUAUGUGAUAAGUACAACAGAGCCAUUGACAGCAUUCACCAACUGUGGAAAGGGACCACCCAACCCAUGAAACUCAACAAGCGGCCUUCCAACGGCCUGCUGCGUCACAUCCUACAGCAGGUCUACAACCACUCCAUCACCGACCCAGAGAAACUCAACAACUACGAGCCGUUCUCUCCCGAGGUGUACGGAGAGACCUCCUUCGACCUGGUAGCUCAGAUCAUUGAUGAGAUGGAGAUGAUGGAAGAGGACACCUUCGUGGAUCUGGGCAGUGGAGUUGGUCAGGUAGUCCUGCAAGUCGCUGCAGCCACCAACUGUAAACACUACUAUGGCGUGGAGAAAGCAGACACUCCAGCAACCUAUGCAGAGUCAAUGGACAAGGAGUUUAAGAGAUGGAUGAAGUGGUAUGGCAAAAAACAUGGCGAGUACACGCUGGAAAGGGGAGAUUUCCUUUCAGAAGAAUGGAGGGAACGAAUAGCCAACACAAGUGUUAUUUUUGUGAAUAACUUUGCCUUUGGUCCUGAGGUGGACCACCAGCUGAAGGAACGAUUCGCCAACAUGAAGGAAGGUGGAAAAAUUGUAUCCUCAAAACCUUUUGCACCUCUUAACUUCAGAAUAAACUGUCGAAACUUGAGUGAUAUUGGCACAAUAAUGAGAGUAGUUGAGCUGUCUCCUCUGAGGGGAUCGGUUUCGUGGACGGGGAAGCCAGUGUCGUACUAUCUGCAUACGAUAGACCGCACCAUACUUGAAAACUAUUUUUCUAGUCUAAAAAAUCCUAAACUCAGGGAGGAGCAGGAGGCAGCCAGAAGGCGCCAGCAGAAGGACAGUAAGGAGAAUAAGAGCAACACCACCACCCCGACCAAGCCCAAGGAGCACAAGGUAGACCUACGGGAUUACACAGUCAGUCACCCAGUUAACAUAAACCACCUUGCUCUUGCUCUAGAUAACGUGAAAGUCCAGUACCUGCAGUUCAUGGCCUACAUGAAGACACCACUGUACCGGACCAACCUGCAGCAAGCCCUUGAGCAGGAAAAGCUGAGACACACAGAACUGUCCGGUCAAGCCCAGCAGCUGCUCAACACUUGUCACACUCAUAAGGAGAGGAUCAGAGACCUUUUCCAGUCCAAACUGGAGGAGCUGGGUGUGAAGGCGGUGACCGUGGAGGACCUGGUACAAGCUCAGAAGGAGAUCACAUCCCACAACAUGCAGCUGAGGGAGCAGACCAAACAGCUGGAGAAGGACAUGGCGGAGCUCCGCGAUCAGAGCCUGGUGCUGCUGAAGGCUCGGUGUGAGGAGCUCAAGCUGGACUGGGGAUCUCUGUGUUUGGAGACUCUGUUGAAAGAGAAAGCGGCUCUGCGAAGACAAAUCUCGGAGAAACAGCGCCACUGUCUGGAGCUCCAGGUACUCACAUGCACAUUUUUCUCAGUCAGCUCAGAGAUAAUAGGCCAUUGCUUCUUUACCAUUGCCCGGCCCACACUGGAUUUCGUCACCCCCAAACUCACCCCACACGCCUCUGCGGGGCUCAACGGCCUCAGCCCCGAACUAUCCAUUAACGGCACAGCCUCGCCGGGUUACGAGAGGGGCAGUGGCAGCGGAAUGGGCAAAAACGAGCUCCUCACCCGCUACCUGCCUGUUUCCCCUGACCACGAAAUUGUGCCGCCCACCCCAGACUCAAGAACCAGGCAGCUAGGGCAACCCCUGCCCGACUACACCCGCUUUUCUCCAGCUAAGAUUGCCCUCCGCAGGCACCUCAACCAAGAUUCGGCUGCCAAUCAGUUUAGAGCCCUAGGCAACAUCCACCGGGGUGACACCAGUGCUGUUUCAUCUCCAGUGCUGGGAUUAAAACAUUCUUGCUCCUCACCCAGUUCAGCUGAUAUUCAAGCGACCAUCACACCCAAGAGCACAGAUAAAGAAAAGAGCCCAGCUGCCCCCAGCGACACCAUAACCAGUCUACCAAUCAGCAUCCCCCUCAGCACUGUGCAUCCCAGCAAACUUCCUGUCAGCAUCCCACUGGCCAGCGUGGUGCUGCCGAACCGUGCAGAAAGAUUGAGGAACACACCUAGUCCAGUUUCGAAUCCUGCGGGACAGAGCAAUGGCAAGCCGCCUCUCACGCCUACCUCAGGGUAUUCCUCCAGCUCAGGGUUGGUGAAUGGCUCUCACUCCGCCAUGCUGACCGAGGACCAAGACUGUGACGCUGCGUCCCCUCCCCCCCACAGCACUCCCAUCAUGGGCCUCCAGCCUCGUGGCUCUGGCCUCAGUCCUGCGCUGGGCACCGGAGGCGUGCUGCAGUACGCUGACGGCCCACCGAGGCUUCCUGAGGACGGCCAUAACCGGCAGGGCCCCGAAUCCGACACGGAGCCCUUGGACAGCGAGGCUCGUCGCCGUAUCUUUUUCUCCUCGUCCUCCUCUUCCUCCUCGUCUUCGUCCUCCACAGGAGGCUCAAGGCUCCACCAUGGGUCGGUAAAGCAGGGUCACCAUCAUCACAGUAAGCACCAUCACCACCAUCAUCAUCACUCUCCGAGCUCCCACAGCCAAGAGGGGCGGAAACGAGGGCGGCGGAAGCGCAGCUCCUCUGGGGCCAUUCCCAUUAGCGGAUCCCCCAAAAGAAGGGCAUUUCCAGGACUUGGCUGCUCAAGCCAUUCUUCUGGAUCACCGCUUAAUAUCAAUUCAAUGGUGAACAACAUAAACCAGCCUUUGGAGAUCUCCGCCAUUUCUUCCCCGGAGCAGUCAGGACGAAGCCCGUGCAGGACAGAUCUAGAUCAGCCUCCUGUGCUCAAAAGAGAGCGUCCCCUGGAGCUCAACAACACAGGCCGUUAUUCCUCAACCCCUAGUUCAGAUGAAGAGGGCACCAAUUAUGCCCCGGACACCUCUAGUUCAAGCCGAAUUGAACGGAAAAUCGCCACCAUUUCCUUAGAUCGAGACGGACCCAUGAGAGAUGUGGAAAGGAGCUUGCAAGGACGUAAAUCAGGUGCCAGUAGUGUGAGCAGUGAGGUAUCAUCUUCGUCUGGAUCCAGCAAGUGGAAAUCCACCUUCUCCCCAAUCUCUGACCCCAAGCCAACUCCUCCGGAUCACCACCAGGGUGGCUCGCCAUUCGGUGUGGGGGCUUCCCGAGGCGGUACGGACUCCGACUCGGACCAGAAACCGCAGAGGAGAGGGGAACGUGAGCGGGAGCCUUACGGGAACUCGAACCUCUUCCUCAGUCAGGAUGGUGGCGGUCGCUCAGUCGUCAGUGCAUCAGAGCGGCCCCUGCAGAGACAGAAAUCGCGGGAGUGGGACCUGAAAUCCAUAAGCGGAUUGGCCAGCCAGAACCUCUUUAUAUCCGCUGCGGCCAGUGGAGGCAUUUUGAGUGGGAAAGUGGGCGGGGCCGUCACAGUUUCCUCUGCCUCUCCAGUGGGACAGUACUUCCCCCUGGGCGGGGCUUCAGUCCUCCAGUCCUUAUUUGGAGCUCAGACGCCCGGACCCGCCACCGGCGGAGCCCCCCGGUUGGUCAACGGACAUUCGGCGCUCAGCAGUUUCUCCAGCGCCGGGCUGGCAGGGGGCGCUGCAGGAGGGAUUUUUCACCACAUGGUGCCUUCAGUCUCCUCCCAGCAGUCUGGGGCCAAUCUCCCGGGCCCCGGGGCCCUCAGUUCCCAGCAGAGGCUUAUGGACACCAACCCCAAAGCGGGGGCCUCGUUCUUGGCCUCUGGCCCCUCGCAGCACAGCCGCACACAGACAGUCCUACAUGCUCCCUCCCCACCCGCCCUCGCUCCGCCCCCUCCCCUCCUGAACGCGUCCUCCGCCGCCCCAUCCCAACCUUCCUCCCCACGUCCCGAGCGCCACCAGUCCUCAAGGCCGCAGUCGGCCCUCCCCGCCUUCACCUCCUCCCCGUCUCUGUCCGCCACAUCUGCUUCCUCCACCUCCUCCGCUUCCUCCCGGCCCUUCACUGUGCACUAUCCCCCGCACCUGCCACCUCCACACCCUCCCGGCAGCGCAGGUUCAGGUGGGGCUGGGACGUCCUGGAGGACUCUGGGUAUGCAGGCAUCCUACACAGCCUCGCAGAUCCCCAGCAAUCGCCCCAGAUAGGACACGUCCAGGUGUAGGAGGGUGGGGGGAGGGGGCGGUUUGACGUGGAAAAUAGACUAUUGCUAGACGGACACAGGGAAGCUACUGCGCUCUGCCAGCUAUAAUGUUAUGAGUCCCAACAAGGUAACUGAAGAAAUCUACCUCAACCCAACAUAACCUAUGCAAUGGACAGGUGUGGACCAAUGGGCUCGACUCGCUCACCGGUGCUCAAACUUUUGCUAAAAGACGCCACUGUAAAACUGGCAUGGGUAUCAGAACUUAUCACAGGUGCAGCUUAACACACACACAGCCCCUGAAUCACAUUCAGAUUGACACAGUAUGCAGCUUAUUAUCAAUAAUUGUGAGUUUAACAUGGCCUUACUGAUGGAUGGUUUUCUAAAUUUGCAGCCAUCUUCUGGUGGAUUCACAAUCAAUGACACGGGAAGCGUUUUAAAUGUCAGGAAUAUAAUUACAGUCAGUCCGGUUUCAAUGGGCCGUACACACACACACACACACACACACACAAAAAAGACUUGUGAAUCUCUGUAACCUUGCUACUGUUAUCAGUGGAGAGAAAUGUGGCUUUUUGUGAUUGACAACUCCUAUUUGGAUGGACUCCAUGAAGCCCCUGUAGCCUGAUACCGUUCCGGUGCUGGGACAUCACCCUUACAGCCGGAGCUUGUGCUGUGAACUCACUAUUUUAGUGAAAUUGAUGUUAACAAAUCUGUCCGAUAGUUUAGUAGUCACCUUGGCUUGGGCAUUUUAACUUCUCAUCAUAUUAAUUAUUUGCCUUGUAAGGUGAAAUCUGUAGGAAACCACAAGCUCCAGCUGUAUAAGGGUGAAUCUGCAAGUGUUAUUUUACCU